AUGUCGUCAUCGUCUUCCUCCUGGUCCUGCACCAAAUGCACUUUCCUCAAUUCUCCGUCUCGGAAACUCAAUUGCAUGGUCUGCUUGACUCCUGUACCUCUCCCUUCUUCUUCGUCUCCGACUCCUCUCUCCGUUUCCUCGAACGAUGAGCCCAAAUGGGCUUGCAAAGGCUGCACUUUUCUGAACACGUACAAGAACUCAGCCUGCGACAUAUGCGGAACGCGAUCGCCGACGUUGUCUUCUCUCCUGAGCUUUGACGAUUUGACCGAUUCGGGUCUCGAGAGUAGCAGCAACCCUGAUCGCUCGGUCGGGUCGGUUUUCUUUCCUCUGCGGCGGUGUAGCAAGCGCAAGGCCAUGGAUGAUGACGUCGUCGAGGUUGAUGGAGGUUCUGUUGUUAGUUCCGAAUCGCUGGGUUUCGUUAAGAAGAAGAACAAAGAGAUUGAAACGAAAGGAGUAGCUUCUGAUUCAGGAGCAUCUGUCUCUUGCUUGAAGAUCUUGAGCUACAAUGUUUGGUUCCGUGAAGAUCUUGAGUUGAAUCUAAGGAUGAGAGCGAUCGGUCACAUUAUCCAGCUUCAUUCUCCCCAUCUCAUAUGUUUUCAGGAAGUUACUCCAGAGAUAUAUGGUAUUUUCCGCAAGUCAAACUGGUGGAAAGCGUAUUCUUGCUCUGUCUCAGUGGAUGCGGCACAAUCAAAAGGCUACUUCUGCAUGCUGUUGAGCAAGGUGGGGGUGAAAUCUUUCAGCUGCAAAAGCUUUAGGAACUCUAUAAUGGGAAGAGAAUUAACCAUUGCAGAGGUUGAAGUUCCGGGGAGGAAGCCACUUGUUCUGGCGACAAGCCAUCUCGAGAGUCCCUGUCCAGGUCCUCCAAAAUGGGACCAAAUGUUUAGCCGGGAACGCGUUGAACAAGCCAACGAGGCCGUCGAGAUUCUCAGAGCUAACACCAACGUGGUGUUCGGGGGAGACAUGAACUGGGACGACAAGCUAGAUGGGAGGUUUCCUUUGCCAGACAAAUGGGUCGAUGUUUGGGAGGUUCUGAAACCAGGUGAUUCCGGUUUCACGUACGACACGAAAGCAAACCCGAUGUUGUCUGGGAACCGGACGUUGCAGAAAAGGCUAGACCGGAUUCUGUGUCGUCUUGAUGAUUAUAAGCUUGGUGGGAUUGAGAUGGUUGGGAAAGAAGCGAUUCCUGGGUUGUCAUAUGUGAAAGAGAAGAAAGUGAGAGGUGAGAUGAAGGAGUUAGAGCUUCCGGUGUUGCCUAGUGAUCAUUUUGGACUGCUUUUGACCCUUUCGCCGAAGUGA